AUGGCUGUAGAGAGAAUUCCGAGGUAUCUUAAACGAACUAUGGGUACUGGAAUUCGGUUCAAACAAGGUAUUUCUUUUCUCUUAGGUUUUUCAAAUGCAGAUUGGGCUGGAAGUAUUGAUGAUAAGAGAUCAACUGGUGCGUGGUUAUUGUAUUUUCUGGGACCUAACCAUAUCUCUUGGUCUUCUAAGAAACAAAGUACUGUAGCUAGAUCAAGUACAAAGGAUUGGUGGUGUAAAUUUUUCCCAGCAGCCCAUGGGCCAGUACCAACCGCCUUGUCCCAUGGAAGCCCAUGGGAGUUGGUGCAAAGCAAGGCUCUGGAUGUUUUCUAUGUAGCUGCUCUUGAACAGGUGGCUGUUAGUAAUUCACUUAUCGUUUAUCGUCUUGGAGAGGAAAAAAUUGCUGCAACUGGAAGGGAGUUCAUUGCUCUAAUGACACUUCGCAUUAUCUCAACAUUAGAACUAUCAUAUAAGUUUUUUACUUCUUAUCUGCCUACUAGUUAUGUUUCUUCAGCUGAUAUAAGUUGGUUAAGAGGGUUAACCAAUCUCAAGGUCCUAAACUUAACCGGUGUUGAUCUAUGGGCGGUUUCUUCAGUGCACAGCACGAACUGGGCUGAACCUAUAUCAGUGCUUUCCAACCUCAGGGAGCUAUCACUUUCUGAUUGUAGAAUUUCUGGUCCAUUUCCACUUAAUGAAUUUCACAAUCUCUCACAUCUAUCGCAUCUCCGAAUGGAUUCUAAUCCUUUGAGCUCGCCAAUGCCAAUUCAGCUUGCUAAUUUCACAUCAGUUACAGUCCUUGACUUGAACAAUUGUCAGCUGGAAGGUUCAAUGCCUUAUCUUCCACAACUUCAAUACUUGGAUGUGAGUGUUAACAAUGAUCUCAUUGUUGAUCUCGUUCACAUGUUCGAUCAUCCAUGGCCUAAACUUCAAUUGCUUUCAAUUUCUUUUACUUACGUUGGUGGGACGAUUCCCAGUUCUGUUUCAAAUGCAUCAUCACUGAUCCAUUUUCUUGCAUCACAUUGUUCAAUUCGAGGAUACUUACCGGAUUCAAUUUCAGACCUCUCGCACUUACAAUAUCUAGACCUCAGUCACAACUACCUGAAUGGAUCCAUUCCUUUUUCAAUCUCCAAACUAAGAAAUCUGCAAGGGUUAAAUUUGAAUCAAAAUGGUUUGCACGGUCCCAUCCCAAAAUCAAUAUGUGAGGUUUCCUCUCUUCAAAGUCUUCUUAUAACAAGCAACAAUUUGAACGAAUCAGUACCAAGUUGCAUUUUCAAGCUUCGAAAACUGCUGGUGUUUGAUGUCACAGGCAACAAGUUGAACGGAACUAUCUCAUUUAGAUCUAUGUUCCUAGAGUUGAACCCUGUAUGGAUAUCUUUUGAUAGUAACUCUCUAGACGUAAAGAUAGACGUCCGUUACUUGCCAACAUCUAAAUUUGAAAGACUGGAAGCAUUAGGCCUGCGGGAUUGCAAUUUGCAAGGCUAUAUCCCAACUUUCAUUUGUAAUAUGACUCAACUUUAUCGGUUGGAUUUGUCGCUGAAUAACCUCAUAGGCUCUAUCCCUUCUUGUAUUUUCAAACUCCCCCAUCUGUCUUACUUAGAUCUAUCGAACAACAAACUAGAAGGAACGCUGCCACAUUCGAUAUAUCUUACUCAAGAAUACCCAUAUUCAGCGCUACAAUUACGGAGCAAUAGACUUCGGGGUUCUCUGCCACUUCCACCGAAAAAUGUAGGGAUUUUUGAUUUGUCAGAAAAUGAAUUCACAGGUGAAAUCUCGGAUGAAGUAGGUGCUAGACUGUCCAAUGCUGAUCAUGUGUCACUAUGCAGUAACAAUCUUAGUGGUUCGAUUCCUUCCGCUAUUUUUUCACGAGGAAGUAGUCUAAGAGUUCUAGAUAUCUCUAAGAACAAACUAUCUGGAGAAAUACCUUCUACUCUGAAGUACUGUAGUUCUCUUGUUUCUCUAAAUUUUGGUGCUAACAAUCUCACAGGAACUAUUCCAAAUGAGCUUCAAAAAGCGACGAAUCUAAGGUUUCUACAACUUUACAAGAACAAUCUAAAUGGUACGUUUCCUACCUUUAUCCAACAAUUUCAGUAUUUGGAAGUUCUCAGCUUGUGGGGUAACAGUCUUGAAGGUGGUAUACCCCAUUUCCUUGGUUCAUUAAGCAAUCUAAGAAUUAUUACGUUGAGCUCAAAUAUGUUUAGUGGAUCCAUUCCCGAAGAAAUUACGGAUUUACAUAAACUGCAAUUCUUAGACCUGUCAAAUAAUAAACUGUCUGGUUCAAUUCCUGAGAAGAUAGGAAAUUUGGAGAUACUAAAAAGUAUGCCAAAUACCAGUGUCGUGGUUGGAGACGUAAUAUCACUGGUAUGUUCUGGUGUGGUACUACAAAUACAGUGGAAAAAGGCAACAGAACAACUUGGGGUUGUAUACACUUACAAUACUGGAAUUGAUCUUUCAAGAAACUUCCUGGAGGGAACCAUUCCAAAUGAUAUUUGUCUACUGAAAGGACUUAAGAUGCUUAAUCUAUCGCAUAACCACCUUCAUGGUAUGAUCCCAAUGAAUGUCGGGAACAUGGUUGGUUUAGAGUCACUGGAUUUGAGUUUCAACAGAUUGGCUGGACAUAUUCCAUUGUCUCUUACCUCGAUCGAUCCUCUCAGCACUCUGGACCUGUCUUACAAUAACUUGAGUGGAAUGAUUCCAAGAGGUGCGCACUUUGAUCUAGUGAGUCUGGAUGGAUCAGCUUACAUUGGCAAUGAUUUGUUAUGCGGCUACCCGACAAACAAGAUUUGUGAACAGGUUAAUCCUAGUAUUAGCUUGCCAAACAUUGGGAAAAGAAAUGACAUACCAGUAUUUUAUUCGGCUUUUCUUAUAGGUAUUGGAACUGGAAUUUGGGGUUUUGUUUUGGUUUUGGUUUUUGUUUUUCUUCUAAGCAAGAAAAAUUGGUGGUUGGGGUAUUGGAGAUUUAUUGAUACUGUUGCAUUGCGCAUAUCUGCUUACGUUUUAAAGAGCUGA